AUGUCCAGAGUCUUUGUCAGAAACUUCCACCUUUCCCACAUUUCUAAGCUUAACUCAGCUUACAUCAUUGCGGCCGGCCGCUCUCCUAUCGCCAACUUCAAUGGCGCCCUGAAGACCGUCUCUGCCACCGACCUCGGUGCCCAGGUUGUCAAGGCUGUUGUCGCUCGCUCUGGCGUUAAGCCCGUUGACGUCGAGGAGGCCUACAUUGGUCAGGUCAUCCAGGCCGGUGCCGGUCAGGCUCCUGCCCGCCAGGUUGUUCUCAAGGCUGGUCUCCCUGACACCACUGAGGCUACCACCAUCAACAAGGUCUGCGCUUCUGGCCUCAAGUCUGUUGCCCUCGCCACUCAGUCUAUCUGGCUCGGUGAUGCCUCUGUCGUCCUUGCCGGUGGCACUGAGUCCAUGUCCCAGACCCCCUACUACCUCCCCCGUACCCUUGGUUUCGGCCACACCCCUACCAAAGACUCUAUUCUCCACGACGCUCUUACCGACGUUUACAACAAGAUCCACAUGGGUUCGUGCUGCGAAAACACCAACCGUCGUGAGAAUGUUUCCCGUGAGGACCAGGACAACUUCUCUGUUGAGUCUUACCGCCGUUCCCUUGAGACCAUCAAGAACGGUGGCUUCAAGGACGAAAUUAUCCCCAUCACUGUCCACUCCAAGAAGGGUGAUGUCAUUUUCUCUGAGGAUGAGUCCCCUGGCUCCGUCAACCUUGAGAGACUCCCCAAGCUCCGCCCUGCUUUCGAGAAGGACGGUUCCGUCACCGCCGGUAACUCUUCUUCCUUGAACGAUGGUGCUGCUGCCCUUGUUCUUGCUUCCGGUGAUAAGGCCAAGGAGCUCCACACUCCUGUCCUUGCCAAGGUUAUUGCCUACGCUGACGCUGCCACCGCUCCUAUCGAUUUCACUAUCGCUCCCUCUUUCGCCAUCCCCAAGCUUCUUAAGAAGGCUGGCCUCAAGGUCGAGGACAUUGCCAAGUGGGAGCUUAACGAGGCCUUUGCCGGUGUCUCUGUUGCCAAUGCUCGCCGUCUUGGUCUUGACCCCUCUAAGGUCAAUGUUAAGGGUGGUGCUGUUGCCCUUGGUCACCCCAUUGGUGCCUCCGGUGCCCGCAUUGUUGUCACUCUUAUCAACGUCUUGAAGGAUGGUGAGUACGGUGUUGCUGCUAUCUGCAACGGUGGUGGUGCUGCUACUGCUCUUCUUAUCAAGAAGGUUUCCAAGGUUGAAGAGUAA